GUUGUCCACCCGCUAAUAACGCCAAAGAGGAUUAUUGUUUGGCGCCUUUCGAGGCCCGGUCGGUUUUUUGUAUUUAAUAUUAUUGUAAAUCGGCGAACUUAAAGUUCGCUUUUAGUUUUAAACAUGGGUGACAAAGGCGAUGGAGAAACAUUUGAUGAUGCAGUAGAAGAAAGGGUUAUUAACGAAGAAUAUAAAAUAUGGAAAAAGAAUACACCGUUUCUAUACGACUUGGUCAUGACACACGCUCUUGAAUGGCCCUCACUUACUGCCCAGUGGCUUCCAGAUGUGACACGACCUGAAGGCAAGGACUAUUCUGUACACAGAUUAAUUUUGGGUACACACACAUCAGAUGAACAAAAUCACUUACUAAUUGCUAGUGUACAGCUUCCAAAUGAAGAUGCUCAAUUCGAUGCCAGUCACUAUGACAAUGACAAGGGUGAAUUUGGUGGUUUCGGCUCAGUGUCUGGUAAAAUUGACAUUGAAAUUAAAAUAAACCAUGAAGGUGAAGUGAACAGAGCUCGCUACAUGCCACAGAAUCCUUGUGUAAUAGCCACCAAGACUCCUUCCUCAGAUGUUCUUGUAUUUGAUUAUACUAAACACCCGUCAAAGCCUGAACCUUCAGGAGAGUGUCACCCAGAUCUCAGAUUGCGAGGUCACCAAAAAGAAGGAUAUGGACUCUCGUGGAAUCCUAAUUUGAAUGGAUAUCUUCUAUCUGCUAGUGACGACCACACAAUCUGUCUCUGGGACAUCAACGCGACCCCCAAGGAGGGGCGGGUGAUAGAAGCCAAGUCCGUGUUCACGGGUCACACAGCGGUGGUGGAAGACGUUGCGUGGCACUUACUGCACGAGUCCCUCUUUGGUUCCGUGGCUGACGACCAGAAGCUGAUGAUAUGGGACACACGGUGUAACAAUACAUCCAAACCAUCGCACACAGUAGAUGCUCACACGGCUGAAGUGAACUGCCUCAGUUUUAACCCAUACUCCGAGUUUAUAUUAGCCACUGGCAGUGCCGAUAAGACGGUUGCAUUGUGGGAUCUUCGUAAUUUGAAAUUAAAACUGCACUCGUUUGAAUCACACAAAGACGAAAUAUUCCAAGUGCAAUGGUCUCCGCAUAACGAGACUAUUCUUGCUAGCAGUGGAACUGAUAGAAGACUGCACGUGUGGGACUUAUCCAAGAUUGGCGAGGAACAAACAGCUGAAGAUGCAGAGGAUGGUCCACCGGAGCUGCUGUUCAUCCACGGAGGACACACAGCCAAGAUCUCCGACUUCUCCUGGAACCCCAACGAGCCGUGGGUCAUUUGUUCUGUCUCAGAGGAUAAUAUUAUGCAGGUGUGGCAAAUGGCUGAGAACAUUUACAACGAUGAGGAACCAGAGACACCGGCUUCAGAACUCGAAUCGGGCGUCAAUGUGAACCACGGCUAACAAAAUCUAUGCCCAUAAUGAAGUCUACAUUUCUUACAAACUGUAAAAUUUACAUUCAAACUCAUUCGGUGACAAUUGGUCAAGAAAUUAUUGUAUAAAUAAAUGUAAAAUUUUAAAUUAUAAAACUGUUGUGCAUUCAGAAUGAAUUCAUUGAAAUCGUGGCGUCUUAGUUCUCAUCGCGUUCGAGCACAAAAUAUUUUGUCUAUUUGCAUUUUAAAUGCAUGCUGGUAUUGAUAUUAAGAUUUUGUUUUCUACGUUAAAUUCAGUAUUUUAAUAUCCUUAAGUUGGAUUCCAUUGUGUAAUUUAGAAGGUAGAAAAUACUAACCAUUUCGUAAACCAUAUUUAAUCUAUAUAAUAAUAUUUUUGUGAACAUUAUUUCUGAAGUGAUAUAGUUUUCAAUUUUUGUAAGGUUUGUGAAAGUAUGAGCAAUAAUAAUAAACAUAAGCUGUCCUUUCAACUUGUCUCAGAAUAUCCAUUUAUUUUUAUUAAAUAGAGCAUGUUAUUAUUGCAACAUUUUUGUUCUUUUUCUUUGUAACCUUUAUAAUUUACCGUCUAACCAUAGGUUGAAAUACAGAUUCUUAUGUUUUUGUUAGCAACUUGUGAAAUCAGUUGUAAUUUAGAUAUCUUAUCACAGUAAAUUCAAAGCUUAUCAAUUAUAAUACUAAUGAAUUUUAAAUAAAUAAAAUGAUCUCUCGUCUAAUUUAUUUCUAAGAAACGUCUACGGGAUGGGACCUUACUUGAGGAUAUAUCGGGAAUUUUUUAAAUUGAUGUCAAUUCGCCCGUUCUUUGUUACGUUAGAAUCUCGUUUUAAGUUCGGUUUUUUCUUGCAAGUGAAGAAGUGCAUUAUGUUACAUAAAUGUUCACAAAUCAAGUUACGGCGUUAAUUGGGCGAUCAUUUAACAUUUUAUUGGAUAAGUAGAAUUUUUAAGGUAACAAUAUGUGUCUAAGGGUUCAGCAUACAGUCAUAGUUGAAGAUUCCAUUUUAAUUUAUUAAGUUAUUGUAAGUCACACCAUGUUAUUUACCGAUACCGUCACAUCUAUACCGGUGACGCGACUGACCUAUUCUUUUUAAUGUUAAUGCAGUAAUUGAAUAUAAUUUUAGGUUCUGCUAAUAAUUAUACGAAAUAAAAUUACGAUGAUAAUA